CUUUAUUUGACGUCUGUGCUGGACUGUGGAAUUUGCUUUUCGCAUGCAAGCGCCGAUUUAUUUUUGUAAAAUUACAAUACACAAUGGCUGAUAUUUUGAAGAAUGAAGAGGCAAUUAAAGAUAUAGAGAACGGAGAAGAGGAGGAGGAGGUUGACGGAGCAGAGGAAAUAGAAUCCAAAGACCCGGCUAAAAAGAAGAAGAAAAAAAAGAAAAAGAAGAAGACAGCGGGAACUGAAAUUGAGAAUGAAACUGAAGCCUCGGAAAAGGCUCAAACACUUCCAGUAGAAGAGAAUAAUGAAGAGGGUGAUAAAAAAAAGAAGAAGAAGAAUAAAAGUAAAAAUAACAAAAUCCCUAGCAAGGCGCAAACUGACCCACCAACAAUUCCAAUUGGAGAACUAUUCCCCGAUGGCAAUUUCCCUGAAGGUCAAAUAAUGGAGCAUGGCCCAGCUGAGGGUAUUGAUGAGAGGACUGCCAAAGAUCGCUUCAGUAGUGAAGAGAAGAGAGCUUUAGAUAGAAUGCAUAACUAUAUCUAUCAAGAGAUAAGGCAGGCUGCAGAAGCUCACAGGCAGACACGCAAAUAUAUUCGUGAUUGGAUAAAGCCAGGCAUGACCAUGAUACAAAUCUGUGAGGAGCUGGAAUCCACAGCAAGACGUCUCAUUGGUGAGGAUGGCUUAAAGGCAGGGCUGGCUUUCCCUACUGGCUGCAGCCGCAAUCACUGUGCUGCCCAUUAUACACCAAACACAGGCGACAACACGGUUCUUGAAUAUGAUGAUGUGGUCAAAAUAGACUUUGGCACACAUAUUAAUGGACGAAUCAUUGACUGUGCGUUCACUUUGCACUUCAACCCGCGUUAUGAUCCUCUGGUGAAAGGUGUUCAAGAAGCCACUGAAGCGGGCAUCAAGGCUUCUGGUGUUGACGUCAGGCUCUGUGACGUUGGAGCUGCUGUUCAAGAGGUAAUGGAGUCACAUGAGGUGGAGAUAGAUGGCAAAGUGUAUCAAGUGAAACCGAUCCGCAAUCUUAACGGCCACUCAAUUGGCCCUUAUCGAAUUCACGCCGGCAAAACUGUGCCAAUCGUGAAAGGUGGUGAAACGACGCGCAUGGAGGAGAACGAGUUCUAUGCGAUCGAGACGUUCGGCUCCACGGGCCGCGGACAGGUGCACGACGACAUGGACUGCUCGCACUACAUGAAGAACUUUGAUCAGCAAUUUGUGCCUUUAAGACUGCAGUCGUCGAAGCAGCUGCUGAACGUGAUCAACAAGAACUUCGGCACGCUCGCGUUCUGUAAGCGCUGGCUGGAGCGCGCGGGCGCGUCGCGCUACGCCAUGGCGCUGAAGGACCUGUGCGACAAGGGCGUGGUGGACGCCUACCCGCCGCUGUGCGACGCCAAGGGCAGCUACACGGCGCAGUUCGAGCACACCAUCCUGCUGCGGCCCACGUGUAAGGAGGUCGUCUCGCGCGGCGACGACUACUAGUACGGGAGCCGACGAGGGGAUUCUUGCAGUUACUCGAGCGCGGCAGAUAAACCUUGCACGUUAAAUAUUGGAUAGAAGCAGGCGUUACUUUGCGGAAAUUCAUCAUGAUUAUAUAAUGAUUUAUUUAUUUUGCUAUGAUCCGCGAAAAGCCGACGAACCCACGCGACAACUUCACCCAGGUCCGACAAAAUACUCUACGUACGUUUCACCCCGAAACCGGAGCAUCCUCAGGAGAUGUUGACUCGACAACGUGCAAUUGCACCUGGGUGACGUCGUCGCAUGGGUUCGUUGACUUUUCGCGGAUGAUACCAAAAUAAAUAAAUCAUUAUAAAACCUUGCACGUUGUUGAGUACCUCCACCAAGUAUGAGCCCUUAAUAUUGGUGGGUACGUUUAGGGCAACCAAAAAAAAGCUAACUUCAGAAAUACUCAACCAGCACGUCAGAUUAAGAUAAGGUAGGUGAGUUGAUAGCUAAAAAUUGUACAUUUAAAAAAUCUGACGUUUUAAGCGUAACGUAAUGGAAUGGGAGGGUUUCAAAGUUACAAAAUAAAACCCUUAUAUUUUAGUUCUCGAGUUACGAGCGCGAUUGAUUUUUUACUUAUUUUGAAGAAAAUAACCUCCUAAUUUAUCGUUAAAAUUUUCUGACAAUUUUAGUAAGCUAAAGUGGUAAAAAUUGCUUUUAAAGUCUGUAGUUUUUUUUCCACCGCUAAAAGCGAAAAAAGUAGAUAACCAUUUAUUCUUCCUAUAAUUUAAUCUACCAAAUGUAAUCGGUCGAGUAACUGCAAAUUUAGCAUCCCGGGCUCCCCUACUAUAAACCUUAGAGCCUCGAAUACACAACUCGCUUCGACGGAGCCCUGAGUGUAACGCAUCGCUUCGAGUUCUUUGACUGGCAAAACCCGACGACAAUAGGCUAGUUGACUCAUAUCAAAUUUAAUAUAAACAAUUAAUUUUGUGUAGUACAUAGAAUAACCGAAAUAUAUCAAUAUCAAUUAAUAAAAGUUAAAAAUUUUAUAGAAAACUUAAUUUAAAAAUUAUGUAUUUAAUCUAUCUUUGCAAACGCCAAAAAUGCUGUUCUCCAUUUUGUGACGUCACGACGUUACUUGAUGGAGAACAGCUUAACUAAUUAUUAACUAAUAAUGUUAAACCUUAACUUAACGGUUUGACAAAAUUAUUAGUUAUUAAUUAAAUAAUUUCUAAAUCAAGUUUACUAUAGAAUCGUCAACUUUUAUUAAUCAAUGUCGAUAUAUUUCGGACUCUUAUCCCAUGUUUUAUAUGAAAUUAAUAUUGUUUAUGUUAAAUUUUAUGACUCAACUACCUAUUGGAAGUCCAGCGAAUCGAAGUUAGUGCCUACACUAUCCGUUUCAAUUAACUUCGAUCAACUUCGCGAGUAGUGUAUUGGGGUGUAACAUUUCAAUAAAAUAUGUAUAAAUAUUUUUACAUUGAACACAGACUAAUGGAAAAUAAGUUGAAAUUCAAAAUGACUUUAAAUCUCUGGCAUAAUCGAUCUGCUGAAUCAAAAUGUCAGCGGGUCGAUUAUGACAGCAUACAUACAAAAAAUUCAAAAUUCUUUGAAAAUACCCUUAUGGUGUAUGUAACGUGAGAAUUUAUUAUAGAUAUCUUACCAACUUUAAAGAUUCGAUAUCUAUACUCAAGAGGCACAAUUAUCCGCCCACUUUAAUAUGACGCGAGUAUAUCAAAGUGGGCGGAUAGUUGUGCCUCUGAGUAUAUAUUCAUACAAGGGCGUAUUCGGAAUGUUUGAGCCAUAUUGGACCUGUGCAAAUCUGUGUCAAAAACAUUUUUUUUUAUAUUUUGUGUUUUUAGAGUUUUUACCAGAUUCUUCCAUUCGUUAGUUAGAUCUCAGACCAAUUACCUUUGGACUAGUAUCGCAAUCAAAUUCACCAACAAAAUUGUCUGUUGUUUAUUGAGGGAAAUGAGGUAAACUCACACAUUGAAAAUAUUUAACACCAAUAAAUAUAUCCCUGUGUCAUUACACUACACACAACUAUAAAUUUAAAUCGUAAUACACACACGUAUAUGACACAAUGAAACAUCGAUUCUAUAAACGCAGUUUGUUGGAUCAUGAUCAUGUACUUUUGACAGAGGGGUAACGUCUAUCGAGACAGGUCUUAUGGUAAUUGGUCUGAGGACAUAGUUCUCGCCAAACAAAUAGUCUGCCCUGAAGUUGCUAAUGCAAUACUGAAAACUGCGCAGAUAUACUAGUCUCGCAGUGAUAGGCCUCGUUAUAAUAAGCCUAUUUUAAUGGCCUACUACAGGGUCAGACCUUCAUUAUAGGAGACGAGAUAUGGAGAUUAGACUUCUCCAAUAUAAAUAAUUUUGUCAGUUCAAAGCGAACUAAAAGUUUGGCUAAAACUAUAUAAUAGGUAAGAAGUUUUGUUUACAACCUUUUUUAUACACUGUAUAUCCUAACGUCUGUUAUUGUUUUAAACAUAUGUUAUUAUAUUAUAGAGGAAAUAUUUCCGUUUGCAUCUAACAAUGACUUAGUCAGCUUUGUAUUGUUGAGUUUACAUGAUCUAUAAAUACAUAAUAACAAACCAUACGUAAAUCAACUGUUGUUAAGGAAUUUUGUGAUAUUAAUAUUCUACAGUACGCAACUACGUACUAGAUGUCACAUUUAUACCAUGCCAUAAUUGUUUUUUUGGUUGUUUUUUAUUUCCUUAGCAACAGUAUAAAAUAAUAUUAAAAUAAGUGAAAUGAGUUACAGUAGAACUCAAAAAUCAGAACAUCGAUGUAAGUAAUCAGGUAAACUAUACGAAUAAACUUCUUUUAUGGA